AUGUUGAUGCUAGUUAACUGCUCCAACUGCCACACGCCCCUCCAGCUGCCGCCUGGCGCCUCCUCCAUCCGCUGCGCCAUCUGCCAGGCCAUCACCCGAAUAGCCGACCCACGGGCAGGCCCACCCGCACCACCCACACACUAUCACACCCCCACCACCUACAACAACGGGUACAUCAACAACAGCUACUACACUCCACCACCGCCGCCAGUCCCCUCACCGUACAACCACGUGCCGCCACCGUACCACCACGCACCGCCGGCUGCCCAUGGCCGGAAGAAGGCGGUGAUCGUGGGAAUUUCUUACAAGAACUCGAAGCAGGAGCUCAAGGGGUGCAUUAACGAUGCCAAAUGCAUGAAGUUUAUGCUCGUUAACCGGUUCAACUUCCCUGAAUCCUCCAUCCUCAUGCUUACUGAAGAGGAGACUGAUCCGUACAGAAUCCCGACAAAACACAACAUGCGGAUGGCAUUGUUUUGGCUCGUCCAAGGCUGUCAGACAGGAGAUUCGCUCGUAUUCCAUUUUUCAGGUCACGGCUCACAACAGAGAAACUACAAAGGGGAUGAGAUUGAUGGGUUUGACGAGACAUUAUGCCCGUUGGACUACGAGACACAGGGAAUGAUUGUUGACGAUGAAAUUAAUGCGACAAUUGUGAAGCCUCUACCGGCGGGGGUCAAGCUUCAUGCAAUCAUAGACGCAUGUCAUAGUGGCACGGUCCUCGAUUUACCGUAUGUUUGUAGAAUGGACAGAAGUGGACGUUGUGCAUGGGAGGACCAUCGUCCUCCUACAGGGACAUGGAAAGGCACGAGCGGUGGAGAAGUAAUUUCCUUUAGCGGUUGUGAUGAUGAUCAAACCUCGGCCGAUACAUCUGCUCUAUCUAAGGUGACUGCUACUGGGGCUAUGACCUUUGCCUUCAUACAAGCAAUAGAAAAGGGACAAGGAAAUACGUACGGGCGUCUUUUAAAUGCAAUGAGAUCAACAAUACGAAAGACAGACAGUGAGUUGACAGGAGGAGCUAAUGGUGCUGUGACAACACUUCUUACAAUGCUUUUGACGGGAGGAAGUGCUGGUAUUGGAAUAAAACAGGAACCACAACUUAGUGCUAACGAACCAUUCGAUAUCUACACAAAGCCAUUUUCACUUUGA